AUGGGCGUGAAAUUGUCAUCUCCUCAAUCGAGGAAAACCACGGGUCGGGGUUUCGCGCAUAAGAUCAAUUCGAAACGAUUCGUAAGAUAUGUAAUCUUAUUUCUCAUCGCGGUGGUGUUUAUGUCCGUCGAGAGAAUGUUUCGACAGUUGACAUUGAGCAGCAUCUCGAUUGAUAAUGACGAUGAUAACGAUGGAAACGUAGUUGUAAAAAUAUCUUCUCCUCCUUUAUCAUCAUCAUCAUCAUCUUCAUCAUCGUCGUCGUCGCUGAUGAGAGAUGUGGAGAGGACGAGGACGACACGCACACGAGAAGAAGAUGAAGAUGAAGAAACCAAAAUCAAAACGACGACGGUUCGUGGAAAACAACAACAACAACCACGAACAAAUGAAAAAGAAAACGAGACUGCGAAAGAUAUCUUACGCGCGAUUGAUUUGAGACUGGCCGAUCGGCUCUACCCUUCCUCCUCUGCAACACAACAACAACAACAACAACGUAGUUUUUCGUGGUGGUUACCCACGUCCUCGUCCAGAGCGCUCUGGAAGUCUGACGAGGAGUACGCCUUGAAAUGGAAAACCUUUCGCGACGACUUUGAAGAAGAAAAACUUGGCGUUUUAAAGAAAAGCGAUGGUGAAAGUCAUCGCGAAAACAUGAAAGGACACGAUACAGAUGAUACAGAUGAUUUUAACAGCAACCGAAUCGGAAUUGUGCACUGCUUUAAUACUGACGAUAGCGAAGGAAGUAGUGGUAGUAGUAGUAGUAGUAGUAGUAGUAGUAGUAGUAGUAGUAGUAGUAGUAGUAGUAGUAGUACAAGUGCUCAAAGAGUUGAUUCGUGCGAAACGUACGAGAGCGAGAAAGACGACGAUGCUUACUUUGACGCCGUUUACACACAGUUUCGAAUUUGGAAGGUGAAGAAGAUACUAGUCGUCGUCGACGCCUCAUCAUCAUCCAGCUCUGGUGCGCUGGAUAUCAACACUAGCGCAAUGAAAUUGAAGGAGAAAAGUAGUGUUAAUGGAGGAGAAAUAGCAAUAGAAGUGGUUUCGGGUCGAGAAGAAUCGCACGACGCGCUCUUUGCGAGGAUGCGCCGAGCGAAAGCAGUCGCGGUCGCCGGUUACGCCAUCUCCCCGGUAUCGUUCCUUGCCGGAGUCUCGAGAUACGAUGGUCAUUUUAUCACGCCGUUUCUUGGGCUUUCUACCAUGCAAGGUGGUGGGGAUUCGACUCGAAAGGAUCCGCGCGUAACGACGAGCGCGGCGAAUUGGAAACGAGCCGUGAUGUUUACUCAGAGAGUGCACUGGCGACAACACUAUCCUUUGUUAGAGAAGGACGAUUUCGUUGUUCCGGAAGAAAAUUCGCGCAUUUCCGCGACGCAACCAAAAGAUGAAUCCACGCGCGCGUGCGAAGAUUUGUGGGGAUGGAGAGGAUUACAAAACAGAUGGGAGAUGAAUGGAAACGACGCGCAGACGAUGCACGUCACGGCCUCUCGGUCGAAUCGGCAUCCAACGGCGCGAGGCUUCAUAAAGAUGGAAGCAAAAUUGAACGCGUUACCUCUUCGCAACGUCGCGAUCGAUGUGUCUCCUCACAGAGACGCCAUGAGUAAAAACCCGUGGCAUAGGCUCACCGCCUUGUACGCGACUUUCGUUGCAAAGAGUCGUUUCUUUCCAAACCGAGAUGCGACUUCGGUUACCUUGAUUCUUCCUUGUCAAAACCCAGAAGAUAUCCCAAGCGAAUACGCAGUUUUCGGGAAACCGAGAUGUAGGCGGAGUUCGGAUACCGUGCAAUUUGACUCGAUAGUGAAGAUCGCAAACGAUGGAUUGCUUUGGGAUCUCGCGUGGGAUGGAUCGUUGCCGUGUCGAGAUGAGUCUCUCUUCAACUCUUUCGUAAAGCUUCUCGCCGGCGGCGGCGGCGAGAUUUUCUCUACGCCCAACGUUCCAUUUAUGGAACGGUCCAUUUGUUUCAUGAGACGUUUGAACACGUCGGUUCGUCGAUUAGUAAACGAAGAGGCUGUCUUGCAGAUGCUGCGCGAUACUUUUCCCGAGAAUGAAGUCGAAUUAUUAAACAUUCAAGCGAGCGACGGAGUUGAACAAACACGCGCGUCGAUGCAAAAGUGCGGCAUUUUUAUAGGCGUCCACGGCGCGGGAAUGAUAAACGAAAUAUACACGUUGAAAGAUUCAGUUAUCUUUGAAAUGGUUCCAGAUAAUAGACCGGCGUAUUACAGGAACUGCGCGGUUUUACGCGGAUUGAAGUACGUGGAUUUUGGAAUUAGCGGGACGCAGGAAACGAAAUCUGUUACGGUGGACGUGACGAGAUUACGUGAUAAAAUGCAUUCGAUUAUGCGCUCAAACGCGGGAAUUUAG